AUGCAGAAGAAAAGGAAGAAGAAGAAGAAGUCGAAGAAGAGGAAUCGAUUCGACUGCGACAUUCGCCUCGAGUACGCCAAACUCAAACAAUCUAUCGUUAGGGAACGACCGUUCGACCAGUACAAAUCGGCUGGACUGAAGUGUAUAGAAAGCACUGGCCCUUGUACCGUCGGUUACGCGGCCACUUCAUUACGGAUUCCCGUUUCACUUUGUCCUGGCAUUAGAUAUUCAAGUGGAUUUUGUUAUGCCGGCCAGCACCACAUGGUGACCAGCUAUCUGGCAAUCCAGUCAAGAGAAAGCGCGGUAGGAGGAGACGGCGACGAUGGCGACGACAAAGAGAAGGAAGAAGAGGCCGAGAGGGAGCGAUUGGAGGCCAUCCGCGAGGCCGAGGAAAGAAGAAAGGAAAAACACAGAAAGAUGGAGGAGGAGCGAGAAAAGAUGAGGCAAGAAAUCAGGGAUAAGUACAAUAUAAAGAAAAGAGAAGAGGUUGUGGAUCCGGUGCAAGAGGAGCCCAAUCCUUUGAUGCGGAAAAAGAAGACGCCCGAAGAGCUGGCGAGAGAAGCAGAAGAGGCGGACGAAGAUGAAUUUACGAGUGAGUGUUUGGGUAGAUUCCGGAAGUACCGGAAAAGCUGUAGCAUUUUAUAGUUUGACCACUUAGAACGGAUAGAUGGCACUGCUUACUUUCGAUGAUAUGCGACUGGUUACCCGAUAAUAAUUAUUACACAAAAAAAAUACAAAAAAAAGUGUUCAGUAGAUUUUUUGAUGUAGUCGACGAUUUUUUCUAAAAAAUGUGUGUUUUUCAUAUAAAUUUAAUUAUCUAAAUAUUUUGUCUAUCUAUUUUUCUCAACUAAUUCUAGAGAACACUGAAAAAAUGGUAUUGUAGAUUUUGCACUUAAUUAUUUUAUAGAUUUUUUUAUAUCAAAUAGUAGAAAAUUUUUAAACAAUUUUCCAAUUUUAUAUUCUUCUACUUCUAAUUAGGCUAAAAAACUACAGGGUAAAACAGGAAUUAAAAUCUGUCUUUUCUGUUACAACCCAUAUUAGUAAAAAAACGUUGAAACAUGGUAAUUUAUCUUUAAUAACUUCUAGUCGUUUUCUCUAUUUAACAGUACUGACAAUUUUUAAAAAUUACCAUAUUUCUUGAAAAGCACUGACUGUUUCAACUAUAGCACAAUGAAACUUGACACAUAAUUAAUUAAGUAUAACUUUACAAACGAAAAACACUAUAUAACUAAUUAUAUUUACUGCAAUUAAUCAAUGUUGAUGGUGUAUCGUAUUUUUCGUUUUUCCCUUGUAGACGGUAGUUAUAUAAAAGACAGGGUAAGUAAAAAAAAAAAGUUAAAAAAAUAUUUAAAUCUAUGAGGUUGUACCAUUUAUUUUCCACAAUAUAUUUACCCAGUCUUUAUCUCUACGUAAUAAUAUUUUCGUGUUUAUAGAUGUUUUUAAGACCGUAUGUCAAUUACACGCGGGUUAAACUUACUAUUAUUAAUAUUAUCAAUAUUAUCCAUUUGGAUUGGUGAUACUUGAUUGGUUUUUUAAACAUGAGAAAUAUUUGCAAUUUAUGGGCGCUCUAAAAUAAAUUGUCGAAAUGAUUUUAUUGUGCCAAUGAUAUAAAGGUGCUUAUUCGGCGACAAAAUAAUUCAAUUAUUCUUCAAUGGUCAAUUGCACCACCCACAAUAAUUAACAUUUUAAGUAUAACUUAAACAUUGCUUAAAUAAUACUUAAGUGUUGUGAAUGAGUGGUGAAAUUUGAGCUAAAUGAACUAUUGAAUUCUAAAUAUAGGCUUUCGUUGAAUAAGUACGAACCACAAUAAUUAAAUAUUACGCAUCAUGCCUUUUGAUGGCAUUUUAAAGACAAUAUAUUUUUCGAUACGUAUUGCCAAAAAUCCACGCCUUUUCCUUUUCUACAUGUUUUUUCUCUAUUAUACUUCAGUCGAUGUUGACUUACAUUUUUGUUUUGUACUUCUUAUUCCUAUGCUAUGUAUGCGGUGUAUGUGUUACGUUGAAACUAAUGUUAUCUAUGUUUUGCAAAAUAAAAUUAAAUGUUACGAUCUAAUUAGUUUCUCCGUUUGCUGUAGAUAAUUUUUGAUUUUGUAUUUUUUUUUAUUAUUAAUAAACUUUUUUUGCCGUUUUAUUUUAUUUUAUCAUUACAAUUCUACGUUAUUUUUAGUUGAUAUAGGUAAGUGCAUUCAACGCUUCUUGCUUUUUUUCUAAUUUUAUUAUUAUAUACGAAUUAUUCUACUGUUACUACACUUUAUAAUAAUUAAUGCUAAUGAUGGUAGUUUCGGUGAAAUAAUGUCGUAGCAUUUUUUAGCAUCGUAUGGGUGUAUCGAAUGUAUGGGGUGUUUUUUAUAUUAGAUAUUUAAACGUGUUUUCUCAAUGUCUUUUCCUUGUUUUAAAUUUCAGAAUUGAAGAAUACGAUAGAGACA